AUGAGCAAAACGAAACCAACCACCAACAUCUUGCAGUUACCUCGUGAAGUGUUUCAUCAUCAUAUUUUCAGUGAUCAGCGGUUGAGCAUUAACUCUGUUGAGCAACUCAAAAUUGUGGAACAAUAUGGUAUUCUAGAUCCAAAAGAUAUAAUGCCAAAUUUAAGCAUUCAAUUUUUAAACUCAAUGAGCGAUAACCAGAAUUUAGAACUAUUGAAAUUAUUGAUUGAUCAAUAUGGUGUUUACAUUGGUCAUUAUGGAUGUUCACUACUCUAUGUGCUUUCAGAUUUUAUGAUUGAUUUUGUAAAAACACAUAUUCAAGGAUAUGAUUUUACCAAGAACCAAAAUAUUUCUGGUUCUUAUCAACUUGAAAACAGUUCGUUAAACAAAGGUUUCAACGACCACAGUGAAGAGACAGAAAAAUUUGGUAUUCCAUUUCCUCUACAAUAUAUUUCGUUGAAGUCCUCAAUUCAAACCAUAUUCAAUAAUCUACAAGUCGAUCCUUAUUUAAAAGAUAUGUAUGGAAACAACAUACUACACUAUUGCUACUUUUUCAGAAUAGCAUUAUUAACCACAGAAAAAUCAGCGUUAAACUUGGAAGAAGAGGCUAUAUCAAAACUUCUUCAUGAACCCAAUCAUUUCGGUGUGACACCAUUUAUGAUUGAUGUGCUACAACAUUCAUUCAGACACGAAGAAAUUUCAUUCACUUUAACGUACCACCCGAAUUAUCAUUGUGCAAGUUUAAAAAACAGGAUGAAAGAAUGCCACGGGCUUAAAUGGACUCCAUCAAGAAUAUUACUCAAGUUUACUAACGCAACAGCUCAAUCACAACAUUAUCCGAAUAUUGAUGCAAGGGAUGAAAACGGAAAACAUUGGUGUCACUACAAAACACGAUUAUUCUCAGUUAGAAAUGAUUUACGUGAAUGUGUGACCUGUAAUGACAAGGACAAUGUGAUUCUUCUUCAUACUUUGACAAACAGUUUAUUGGAAAUUCACCGAGAAUUACUUACAAACCAAAUACUACCUAGUUUUGAUUACUUGGCAUAUUUUGAUCAUUUUGGUUGGAAUCGAUUAAUGCAUAUCUUUGCGUUCAUCACUAAUUUCGUAUCCUAUCCACAAUUUGAGGUUUUAAAGGAAGAUCUUUUCCCAAUAGGAUUCGAAUAUAUUAACAAACAACAAACACAAGACCAACCAAAUCCCAAGCAAUUGGUAUUGGUUUCAGUACAAACUUUUUUGAAAAAGCAUCAAAAUCAAGAGGUUCUUGAAUUUCGUUUGAAUCGAACAGAAUUUCCAGAAUUGAAGAAACGAGGAGAAUUAGACGAAGAAUUUGAGGAAGGAGAUGACUUGUCACAUUUUAUUGUGAAACGUUUAUUGAGAAAAAAAACUGAAUCAUUAAUGCCAAUAGUUGGUUUCAUGUUAAAUAAGGGACUACAUCUUCAAAUCACGAGAAAUAAGGCAGGAAAAACUGCUUUCGAUGUGUUGAAAGAGCAUGUUACACCUUUAACCUCAAUUUUCCCUGAAAAACUUCUCAAAGACCUCAAACGACCUUUAAAUAGCCAAGCUCAACACAAAUUUACAAUUUCAAUUCAUGGUAAUCAUUCGGUAGAGAUUAUUGAGAGAGGAGAGGACUUUGUGGUGUGUAAAAAAGAAAAUACCAUUUACCCUAAAUUGGAGCUGAAAAAGUAUUUUGAAUCCAAGACAAGAAAAGUAUUAGCUGAGUGA